UUUCCUUAUAAUCAGAAUCAGUACGGAUUUUUGACGAUAUUGAGAAUCUGACAUGUCGCGUCUUGGUUUGCUCUUCAUUCUCGCUCUGGCGUUAGUCUUCGUCGGAGAAAUAAACGCUCAACGACGCUGUCGCCGCAAUGAGAUAUGGACCCGGUGUGGCAGCCCCUGUCCACCCGAUUGUUUGAAUCCUCGGCCACGACCGUGUCCGCCGACGUGCAGGGCCGGCUGCUUCUGCAGGCCUGGUUAUCUAAGGAACUUCGCCGGUAUCUGCGUUAGAAGAUGUUAGAAUAUAAUAUGAAAACUUGAAGAUAACCUAUAAUUUUAUUUUUCAUCACGCUGUGACGA